GUUGUAACCAGAGCAUUUCCUUAUUCUCGCAGUAACCACACCUUAACUGGGGAUCUGAAAUUAGCUGCAACUUUUCAGCCAUACUACAGCUGAAAAUCCCUCAACGCAUCGCUCCCCUGCCACAAAAUCUACUCAAGGAAUCUUCUCAGCAGGAGCUAUUCCGGUUACUCCAAUGGAGUGAACGAAGAGAAGGCAACCGACCUUCUGCACUGCUGACCCAAACCAAGCACCGGUACCGGAACCAAACACACGAGCAAGCUGGAAGCCUCUGAUAAUAUGAGUGACUUUUGGCACAAGCUGGGCUGCUGCGUCGUAGAAAAGCCACAACCAAAGAAGAAGCGGAAGAGAAUCGACCGAUCAAUGAUAGGAGAGCCUAUGAAUUUUGUCCACUUGACGCACAUUGGGUCGGGAGAUAUGGGAGCCAGUGAUGGACUUCCAAAGGCUGGUACAGUCCAGGAGCAGAUGAGGUCUAAAUGUGGGCGUGACAGACAGUGGAGUAACUCCCGAGUUUUGUAGCUGUGUCUUUGAAGAGCAUUUAUGAAAAAGAGCCAUCGUAGACAGCAGGGGGGAAAGCGCAGUGGUUUUGUCACUGGAUAAGUUAUUGGAACAUUCGUCUUUUUAUUCUGGAAUUAUUUUUAUAAAUAGAAUUCAAACAAAGAUCUGAAUGUGCAAUAUUUUCCUAGUGUAUUUUAAAAAUUCAGGUAGCUUGUAUUUUUUUUUUUCCCAAAAGUGAUUUUCCACUGUUUAAUUGCUGUAGCAAAAAGAGCUAAUCGUGUAUCUGUUUUCUAGUUAUCUGCUGUAAGGAACGAAAUGACGUCAGAAACACGAGCACUUCCUAAAGUUUCUCAGAAAAUAUAUAUGUUUGUUAUUUAGGAAUGAAAUGUAUAGUGAUAGAAAAAAAAUCUCUUGCUAUUUUUAAAUUAAAUGUCGUUUGUAAACUACAAACAAAAAAAUGUGACAAUAAUGAAAUGAGAAAUACACAAAAUGGUAAAAAAAAAAAAAAAAAACCUUUAAAAAAAAAAUUCCAUAAUGCAGUGGCUUAGAGAGACAUGACAUUAGAUUAUCCUGGGUAAAACUGUACAGAGUACCAGUAUAGAAACAUAAAUAUUUCCUAGAAAGAUUUUUCUAUUUUUUAGCAUUAAUAUUUUUAAACUAUAAAAAUAAAACCUUUUGCUGAAAUCAUUGCUCGCGAUCAAAUGUCUGUGCCACAUUGUAAAUAAUCUCAGUGGUAUUGUCUCUGUCCGAUCACACAGGUCAGUAAAAUACAUUCAAAUUAGGUUUUAUUGUGAAUAUCAUGAAGUGAAAAUAUUUGGCAAAAGCACGUAGUUCUGAAUUUGCAGGGAUGCAACUCCCCCUUUAACAGAUUCUUUUAAAAAUAUUUGUUUAAACAAAAAUAAAUUAAAAAUCUCGGAGGACAAAUAUUUUGGUACCUCCCUGAGUUCAGACAAAAAACAAUAAAUAAUGAACACUUCCGUCGGUUCCAUUUCCCAACAUUUCAACCAGUUCUGUUAUUUAAGGAUUAUUAUUUCUGGGUCAACAAUUUUAUCACAUUUUUUAUUCUACCAACGUUUUCCUCCAAUAGGCAAAU